AUGGUGUACCCCUUCCAGCCCUGGAGCCACAACCUGGCCAGCAUUCGCUCCACUCCGAGCGAGGCCUCGUCCAGCAAUCACAAUGUCUGCCUCAGUUUCAGCUUCGAUUCCCAAUACUCCGCGACCAGCAUCACCAGCAUCACCAAUGUGCCUCCACCGCCGCCGCCGUCUCCCUGCACCAAUGACCUGACCGACAUCACCCCCCGCAAGUGCUCCUUCUCCACGGGCUACGAUCUCAACAACUCCUGCGCAUUCCCUUCCUGGCCCAAGCGACAGUCCCUCUUGGGCGAGUCGGAUUGUUCGACCGCCAGUGCCUACGUGUCGGAUGAGGACCUCGGCAUCGACUGCGCGAUUCCCUGCGACAUGACCGUCGACGAGGAGUCCGCCGCUCCGCAACCGACCCCAGCCGUCGGAGCCAGCCUCACCACCGAGCAGCAGAUCCAGAUGCUCCGCGCCGCCGCCGAGGAGGAAGCCCAGCGCGCGCAAUUCCUGGCCCAGGUCCAGGCGCACGCGCGGGCCCAGCAGGCCCUGCGCGUCGCCCAGCUGGCCACGCUGGAACGCGAAAACUCGAAGCGCAAGAAGCGCAAGGCCAUCGUCCCCGAGCGCCGACGACGCACCUCCAAGCCAUUGCGCUCUUCUUAG